UUCUUAGCGGCAAUUCACAAUAGAUUUGGGCCGCGUAUACUGGUGUUUUGUUCUUGUGUUCUUAUUGAUUUUAAAAACAAAAUUUGCUUAUUUCAUAAAAAAUGGAAAAAAUAGAACAAAAUGAUAGCACUAAUCGUGAUGAAUUGAUUAUUCAGCAACAGCGAGAUAUUGAAAAAGAGAUAAGUGAUUCGACACCAUUGGUAAGUGAACAACUGCCCAUAACUUGCCUUAAUGCUGAGUAUCUUGGUGAUGAAGUUUUCACAUCAAAAAUUCAAGAUCUUGCCGGCAAAUAUAAGUUUUUACGACGUACCAGACCUGACGGUAAUUGUUUUUUUCGUGCAUUCGCUUAUGCUUACCUAGAGCAUUUAAUAUCCAACAAAGAUGAAUAUCAACGUUUCAAAGAUUUGGCGGAGAAAUCGAAAGAUAAGCUAGUGCAGUUGGGAUUCCCUAGUUUCACGCUAGAGGACUUUCAUGAUACUUUUAUGGAAGUUGUUAAACGUGUUGACCCGGCAAGUGGUUCCACAGAUCAAGUAUGCGACGAGCUGCAUAAGGUGUUCAAUGAACAGGGUUACUCUGAUUAUGUGGUUGUUUAUUUGCGCUUACUGACUUCAGGAAAAUUACAAGAAGAGGCUGAUUUCUAUCAGCAUUUCAUAGAAGGCAAUUUUACAAUUGAGGAAUUUCGUCAUCAGGAGGUGGAGCCAAUGUAUAAAGAAUCCGACCAUAUACAUAUUAUAGCGCUCUGUACCGCUUUAGGUGUAGGCGUGCGCGUAGAAUAUAUGGAUCGUGGAGACACACAUGUGAAGGCGCACGACUUCCCUGAAGGUAGUUCGGCAAAGGUUUUUCUAAUUUAUCGACCGGGUCACUAUGACAUUCUAUAUCCCAAUUAAAACUUAAACUUGUAAGAUAUCAAUGCAUCAAAGCAAGGAGCCAAGCUGCCUGCUACUUUUCUAAUUUGCUGAAAAUGUGUUAAAUGUAUGUAUUUCACUUGUGGCGCUGGUUGUAUUUAGCAGCUUGUAUAGAUUUCCUAUUUCAUUGCAUACAUUAGCAUGGUCUAAAUAAUUUUCAACUGACUAUUAGAGCCGUAUAACAGUUAUAUUUUGGAUUUAUAAAUACAUACAUUGAAGUCAUUAAUAUUCGAAAUUUGUAAAAUUUCAUUAUGGAGUAAAUUAUCUACAAAAAACGCAAUAAUUACUCAUUAAAUUAAUAUUUUCCUAAAAAUCAAAUAAAAACUAAAUGUUCUUAAAAUAAUAUUAUAAUUUGUGUUUUAAUUGCAAUUAAAAAAAAACUCGAUUUUUAUUUGUAUGAAUUUUUAUUCUACUUCUUUGUAGUAGAUUAUACAAGUUUAUAAUAUAAACAAAUAACGAUUUUUAUUAGUUAGUUACAUGCUUCUCCAAAGUACAUACAAAUUAUACAAUAAAUUCUCUUAUUUAUUUUAAUCUUUUGCACUAAAAUGAACAAUCUCAGUAUGCACGUACAUACGUAUGUUUAUCCAUUGCUUUACUCUUAAAUUCUGCUUUAAUAAUGAACUAAUGAACCAAUUUCCAUUAUAUUGGACACGUCUUUCGUUGAAACACUUUUAUUACUUAUUACAUGGUUUUUUGUUUUUGUGUGAUUAGCACUGUGCUACAGUUAUACGUACAUAUACAUAUAUAUAUAAGAAGUUAUAAUUGAACAUGCAGCGUGCGCUUUACAACUUAG